GAAGGUGUGAUUGAUGAAAGCUUGUGGACAUCAUCUUCCGUUUUACGUGCCUUUGCAUUCAGAGUUCUGUAACAAAAUUGUCUGAGAGAAAUGUCUUCUGUCGGCGAUGCCCUCUUCCACAACAUGGGAAGCUCCAGUCCCAACCAGCCUCGACAGAAAUUCUGUGGCAUGUUCUGCCCGGUGGACGGUUCGACAGACCAAAAGACGCUUAACGAUUCGCUGUCCUCGGCAAGAGGUCGAGUGAUAGAGAGGCAGAGAGAUAUCUCCAAACCACGAAAGGUUGAGAUCAGAAGAAGUACCGGUAAAGAAAUUCUCCAGAACCUAAACGACGAGAGUGACCGUCUCCUGCUUAAAGGAGCUAAGAUUGUCAAUGAUGAUCAGUCCUUCAGUGCAGACAUUUAUAUGGAGGAUGGCGUGAUCAAGCAAAUCGGAGAGAAUCUGAUAGUGCCUGGCGGGGUGAAAACCAUCGAUGCCCACGGACGUAUGGUGAUGCCGGGUGGCAUCGAUGUGCACACACGCUUCCAGAUGCCCGACAGGGGCAUGACCGCUGCGGAUGAUUUCUACCAGGGCACCCGCGCUGCCCUGUCCGGAGGAACCACCAUGAUCAUCGACCACGUUGUGCCAGAACCAGGAACAAGUCUGAUCUCAGCCUUCAAUCAGUGGCGUGAAUGGGCGGACAGCAAAGUCUGCUGCGAUUAUUCUCUCCACGUGGAUGUCACCGAAUGGCACAAAGGGAUCCAGGAGGAAAUGGAGGCUCUCGUCCAAGAUCACGGAGUUAACUCCUUUCUCGUCUACCUGGCCUACAAAGACGUUUUUCAGCUCACUGACUCACAGAUCUAUGAAGUUUUCAGUGUUGUUCGGGAUCUUGGGGCCAUCGCUCAAGUCCACGCCGAGAACGGAGACGUCAUUGCCGAAGAACAGCGUAGGAUCUUGGAGUUGGGAAUCACUGGACCAGAAGGACACGUUCUCAGUCGUCCAGAAGAGGUGGAGGCGGAAGCAGUCAACCGCUCCGUGACGGUGGCCAAUCAGACCAACUGCCCCCUUUAUAUCACCAAGGUGAUGAGCAAGAGUGCCGCUGAUGUCAUCGCUCAGGCCAGAAAGAAAGGCACCGUAGUGUAUGGAGAGCCAAUCACAGCCAGUGUCGGGACGGACGGCUCUCACUACUGGAGCAAGAACUGGGCAAAGGCCGCCGCCUACGUCACGUCUCCACCCUUGAGUCCGGAUCCGACCACGCCAGACUACCUAAACUCACUGUUGUCAUGCGGAGACCUGCAGGUCACAGGAAGUGCUCACUGUACCUUUAAUACCUCUCAGAGAGCUGUGGGUAAAGAUGACUUCACCCUCAUUCCCGAAGGGACCAACGGCACAGAGGAAAGAAUGUCUAUCAUCUGGGACAAAUGUGUGGUUACUGGAAAAAUGGACGAGAAUCAGUUCGUAGCUGUUACCAGCACCAACGCCGCCAAGAUCUUCAACCUUUACCCGCGCAAAGGUCGCAUCGCAGUGGGCUCAGAUGCUGAUCUGGUGCUCUGGGAUCCCGACGUAACAAAGAUCAUCUCAGCGAAGACUCACAAUCUGGCAGUAGAAUACAACAUCUUUGAGGGGAUGGAGGUGCGCGGGGCGCCCUUGGUGGUCAUCAGCCAGGGAAAGAUCGUACUGGAGGAAGGGACCCUCCACACCACUGAGGGAUCUGGACGUUAUGUGACCCGUAAGCCCUUCCCUGACUACGUUUACAAGAGGAUAAAGGCUCGCAGCAGGCUCGCUGAAUUGAGAGGCGUCCCACGAGGACUUUACGAUGGGCCUGUCUGCGAAGUUACGGUUACGCCCAAGGCCUUGACCCCCGCAUCCUCCGCCAAGACCUCUCCUGCCAAACAAGCUGCUCAACCCGUCCGCAACCUCCACCAGUCUGGCUUUAGCCUUUCUGGUGCUCAAGCUGACGACAACAUCCCUCGGCGCAACACCCAGCGUAUCGUUGCGCCCCCUGGUGGCAGGGCCAACAUCACCAGCCUGGGCUAGACCUCCCUUCAGCCGACCGGAGAACAGGGGUUUGGGGGGAGGGAUGUCUGUAAAUGGAGGUGUUUGCUAAGUCCACUGUCCUAUCGAGAGACAAACCCUGUUUAGGGCGAUGAUUCUCCGCUUCCCAGAUGCCCAAACCCUUACCUUUUGCCCCAUCCCACCUUUCCCAACCCUACACCACUUCCUAAAGGAGACAUGUAGAGAAAAAAGUAUUUGCCUCAUUCGAAGAAAGACGAAACAAUGUAACAUUCACAUUUGAGCACUUCUGAUUGUAUGAUUUUUAUACUGUACUUUCUACCCACCAUGAGUUAUGUUAUUAUUUUUGUAUUUAACUUUAUUUGCGUUCGAGGGAUCAAGCUGUUGUUUAUCAUAGUUACUUAUUAACACGGCAAGGGUUAGAGUGUCAUGCUCAAUCACACCGAGAAUUUCAAUAUUUGUCGCUAUAUUAACAUGGAAAUGUCUUAUUAGGAAUGUCUUUUUUACCCAAGACCAAUAAUGAACAUCUGACCAUUGCCUUUUCAUGGCAUUUAAUGCGAUCAUUUCUUUACUCAGAAUGUUAAAGAAAGCUUUCCCUAUGAUUAACCAACAAGCCUCGUUAAUUAAAAACUUGUUGUUUUAGAAACUGAGAUGUUCAAUUAACAAAUAAGGCUUAGUAUCAUUGGGAAAAAUUGUCGGCUGCAAGUGAUUAUAGUUCCUUUCAUUUCAUAUCUUAGUUUUUAACUACUUUACUUUAAUAUGUAAAGGUUAAGAAUCAGCAAACAUUAUUGGCUACAUUUGGCUGUGAAUAAAGUGUAAACGGUUAAGCCGCUUUCAGGAUAUUCUCUGGGAGUCAAUUUCAAGCAUCCCUUACAAAAUGAGCCGUGGUUUGUUAUAGUAAAAUUUUUAUGAUCGCAUUUUUUGGUGUAUUGAUUACUAUUGCCAAUUAUUACUAUUACUACUUUGAAUCAAAACAAGAGAUGCACCGAUAUAUCGGCCAGUAAUCGGUAUCGGUUGAGUAAUUUUUUCAGGCUAUCGGACGAUCAUUUAAAAACAGCCGAUGAUCAGGGCCGAUAUAUCUCGUCAAUGAAAAGACGACAGGAAAAUCCAAUCUAUUUGUGCUCUGUAUAUAUAUUAAUGUUCAAUAAUAAUAAUCAAUAAAUGAACUAAUAACAUUCAGAAAGUUAACAAAUAUUAACUUAUUCUUAAGAAUCGAUAUCGUCAGAUAUUAUACUGAAUAAUCGGCUAUCGAUAUCAGUUGUAUCGGUGCAUUAUAACCAUGUUUUUUUGUGGUAACCAAGGUUUUACUACAAUAACUAUGUUUUUUUGGUUCUUAAUCGAACCCCGGUCCAUUUUCGUAAGGGACAGGUGCAUUCCAAAACUGCAAAACUCAAUGAGUUCAGGUAUGAGAUUGAUAAAGAACUCUUUCUUGGUGUCCCAUCAGUAACAUGAGAGAUGACACUGACUUGAAUUUUGAGCCAAUAACAUUGUUGCUGUACAUUUUGAGAGUCCUGUACUCGAACAUUUAACAGUAUUAAGUAUUUAUGCUGUCAACAAAUGUGCUACGCUGAUAGAAGCUGUGUGUCUUUUUGUAUCCUUAACUUCAAGCUGUGCCUGAGAUGUAUGUUUUGAGUACUCUUGCAUAAGCUUGUUCAUGUCUUUUGUUAAAAAAAACUCGAAAGGCUGUAAAAUAGCCGGUUAACCGAUACAAAGGUGCCAGAUUUGUCCCUUGACUCCUUUUCGUAGUACCCUCGCAAGACUCGCUACGUCCUUGUUUUUAACGUCUGUUUUAGUACCGUAAUGAAUGCCACGUCCUGUCAUAUCAGAAAAUAAAAUAGAGGUACAUCAAUGUGAUUUUCAACAACUGCCUUUUUCACUAGCACCGUUUGUGUCAUUUUUUUUCAGUCGUCCCCUGACAGAAAGAAGGGCUAUGCAUUGUCCUCCUAGGUUAGCUAUGUAACAUCUUUAAUAGCUAACAUGAUCCACAUGUUCUGGCUGGUGCUUGAGUAUUUUCAAGCCAGACAACUCAUCGUAGAAAGUAAAAAUUAGUCUAAAAAAAGUAGGCUUUAACUGGGUUUUAAUGUGCUUUCCUUGAAAGAUUAGCGGUAGCAGACCGACGCUCUCACCCCUUGCUUGUUUUUCAUUUCCUUUAGGUUCGGUCUGGUUUUCAUUUCAUAAAGCCAUCCUCCAGCUGUUUUCUUUUCCUUUGCACAUCCGCGGGAAAGUCUUGGCCAGUAGCAUCAUUCUCCAUUGCUUGUCUUUUCCUCUGUGACUCAAUACUACACACAUUCAUACACUUAGAGUGCAAGCUCUCAUAGCUUUCAAGCGCUCAUUCUUGCUCUUAAAGCGAUAGUUCACCCUCAAAAAAGUCAGCUGUCAGCAUUUAAUUAGCUUUACGUCAUUCCAAACCUGUAUGAGAAUAUGUCUUCUGCGGGGCACAAAAGGAGAAAUGUUUAGAAAUGUUUACACUGAUCUCUAAGUGGAUGGGGAAUGGGUGAUGUCAAGCACCUCAAACUAAAUGAAUCAUUAUAAAAGUAGUUCACACGACUUGUGCGACGUAACCCAAACCUUUUGAAGUGUUCUGUGAGUAAAACACUAACAUUCAAAUUAUUGACCACAGAAAUUCACUCUCAUUGUAUGCAAAACAUUUGUUUGGACAUUGUGAUACAAUUUCCUCCUAUUGUCUUCCACUUCCUACAGGUUGUGAAAGACAUGAAGGUACAAUUUUUGUUUUGUUUUGUUGGAAAAUUAUUCCUUUAAACCUUAGAAAUGAAUGGCUGCUUAAAAGAUGCUGCAUACUUGAUGUGUAGUGAGAUAUAACCAAAACUACAAGAUCUAAAUGUAAUUUGGUCAAACUUUACUUGUUAACAACUGAAGCAAACUUCAGAGUCCGAGAAGUUGAUUUGUCGAAGCGUGAGAACGUGUUCGUGUGAUGGCUGGUUGUUGGAAUGUGCACAAAGGUUGAUGCAAGGUUACAAUGAUGUAUUCUUGUUCACGGAGGCAGUUUGAAAACUAUUUAAGUGUGGAAAGUCAACUCAUACAGUAUAAUUCUGCUUGUUAUCACCUCCUGUCUGUUUCUUGUCUUGUUCUUCAUGACUUCAUUGCUUUUACACUGUUACUAUGACCACUGGCUCUGUGGCACAACAGGAUGUGACUAUUUAUUUGUCACCAUGGCAACACAUUACAAAUCGGAAGCUUGCCCCCUAGCAACCCUUCUGGGCAUGGUGUUUUAAAAACAACAUCGAAACAUGUAUCAUUUUAUCUAAUUUUGGAUCGAAAUGUUAGAAACCAUAUUUGUACUCAACUUUUUAAAGUGGGAUGUUGCAAAAAAUCCUUAAAUGGACAGUUCACUUAAAUAUGGCAAUUGUGUCAUCAUUUGUUUUGAAGAACACAGAGAAAGAUAUUUGGAAGAAUGCUUGUAACCAAACGUUUCUUCGACCCCAUGACUACCAUAGUAAAAAUGACAAUGAUUGACAAAAGUGCCCCAGAACUGUUUGCCUUUAAACAUUCUUCAAAAUAUCUUCUUUUGUGUUCAAAGAAAUUCAGAGAGCAGUAUUCCCUAUAUGGUAUAGUCAAUGGUGGCCAAAUAAUUUUCUCUAUGUUCAUCAGAACACAGUAAUAUCUUUAGAUUUGCAACAACUCAAGAGUGAGUAAAUCAUGACAGAAUCUUCAUUUUUGUGGUGAACUGUCCCUUUAAGGCAAGUUUAAGUUACUCUGGAUUUUCAGAUAAUAGGAAAUGUUUUCAUAUACCCCACCUGGAUUUUUCUUGUUUAACACAAUAUUAAAAUGUAGACAAUUUUGUACACGAAAGUAACCUCAUUGCAACAAAAAAGUUUUAAUUUCUUUUAAAGUUGAUGUGGAAAUACAGUAUAACUUGAGAACAGAAUUGUCAUAUGCGAGUUACACAUCAUUUGCCCGCCGAGACACCCUGUUGAAAAUGCCGUAGACUCUAAUAGAUAUUAUGAACAUAUGCAAGAGUUCAGACAAACAUGCCUUAAACACUCCCACUGAUCUCAGAGCAGCUGUUGGCACUUACAACAAGCACACACACUCUCUCUCUCUCAAACACACACUUUGCUAUGUAAGCCUGAAUGUUUUUCUAUUCCUGGUAUGUGAUCAAAAUGCAGAUGGUAUCUGAAAGAUCAUUAAUUCAGAAAUUGCCAGUGAUUUAUAACCCCGCCCCCUCUCUUGCCCCGCCCCCAUUCCACAAAUGAAACUGUCGUCGUGUGCUGGUGUUUAUUCUAUUGGCUGUGCAGUGUGAGGAUGUCCGCUUGCUCUGAAGUGUCAAAUCCCUUGAUAGUGAUGUAAAAAAGAAAAGUGAAUAAAGAAGUCCUUUUCCUGUC